GUGGAUGUUCAAUGAGUUUAGCAUCACCAGCCACAACUCUGCUCUUGAGAGCUGCCACUCCUCAGUCCAAGCAGUCCAUUCAGCCCCCAGGACAACCAGGUCAAAAAGUAACUCCUGUCAAAAUAGGCAAUCGUGUACCGCUGGCUACGAUGCCUAAAACGUGCCUUGUGCCCACUAAAACAGCAAGUAGUAUCCGUAUCCAAACUUUUCCGACUAGAAAAGUUGACAACCCACAGGUCGUAACUUGCUCAGCACAAGGUGCUGCACUCCAACCUGGUAGGGUCCUUCCUCAAGGUUCAAAACUUGUAACAAUUAUCCACAAUGUGACAGGUAAACGUACCAGUCUAAUUGUGAAAUCUGGUGCUGCCCCUCCGGCCGGUUUAGGAAGAGGUGGUGGACUAAAUAUCCAAAGUGAUGCUUUGAGAACAAUGCAAACAAUUAAUAGCCCACAAGCUGGCCAUGGUACAGGUAAUGUUAAUGUAGCAAAACCUUUAGUAGCAAGCAGUCAUUUAAAAACAGGAUCAACUAAUCUAAUUUUGCAUAAAGGUGUUUGUUGUGUUCAGGUCAGUCCUGGCGAACCAGUUGCUGAAAAGACUGGCGUGUCAAAUGAUGGUGAGAAGAACAUUACUCAGGGAAUGGGGCCAGAACUGGUUGAUGACAGUGGUGUCUUUGAAGAAAUAGAGGAAGCAGAGCAACAAUCAAAACGCAAUCCUCAAAUUCUUCAAGAACUAAUGGAUUUUUGUGGUAUAUCUGAGGAUGUGGAGUGAAAGCAUC